UAAUGAACCUAAACUAGAAGCCCACCCCCAGCUGAAGAAUUCCCGACUAUUAGGGUUUUCAACUCGUGGUACAUAUAUAACUAAAGCCCCUUCUUCUCUACAACUCUUCUCUUCUGCAAAAGAGGACGGACUAAAUUUUCUUCAUUGGAUAAUCACCACAGCAGAAGACAUGGUGAAGUAUUCCAAAGAACCGAUCAAUCCUACCAAGUCCUGCAAGGCCAGGGGCGCCGAUCUCAGAGUUCAUUUCAAGAACACAAGAGAAACCGCGCAUGCUAUUAGGAAGUUGCCUUUAGUCAAGGCAAAGAGGUACUUGGAGGAUGUUCUUGCCCACAAGCAGGCCAUUCCUUUCACUCGUUUCUGCAGAGGUGUUGGUCGUACUGCUCAGGCUAAGAACAGACACUCUAAUGGCCAGGGUCGCUGGCCAGUCAAGUCUGCAAAAUUCGUUCUUGAUUUGCUAAAGAAUGCUGAAAGUAAUGCUGAGGUCAAAGGUUUGGAUGUGGAAGCUCUUUUCAUUUCUCACAUUCAGGUGAAUCAAGCCCAGAAGCAGAGACGCAGAACUUACCGUGCCCACGGAAGAAUCAACCCUUAUAUGUCUUCUCCUUGCCACAUUGAGUUGACUUUGUCUGAGAAGGAAGAGCCAGUGCAAAAAGAGCCUGAGACCCAGUUGGCUACCGGUAAAUCCAAGAAAUCUCAAGUUUUGCGCAGUGGAGCAUCCUCUUAAGCAAGCCAGCCACAGCAAGGCCUAUAAGAAAACAUUAAAACCUGCUGCUGAGAAAAACUUGUACUAGUUGCUGCUUUUAUUUUUAUUUUUGUUUUGACUUUGUUUUGUUUACCCAUUUUGACCCUGAUAAGGAUACUAGUUGAUGAAAUGUCUAAGUGAUCGAACUUCUCUUUA